UUUGGCAAUGCCGGCGCUUCGCGUUUCCGCCUAACUGCUGCUGGUUGUCGCCGUGACGUCAAGCAUAGGUCAGGUGACAGAUGCGUUAUACGAGAUGGCCUUGCUGUUGCUCCUUGCUGCUUGGAGAAUUUAGCCGAUGCCAUCAAGUUCAUCAUGUCAGAGUGUGACAGUAAUAAUGCCAUUUGUGAACUGCAAGAAGGGACCUUGUUAGGAGCGGUUAAGUUCAACAAAGUCCUGCCCUGGGAGAGAGAUGCUGAUAUCACAUUUUUGACGUCUGAUUACGAAAAGAUUAAAGAAACAAAGAAGGCAAUGGUGGAGAGAGGCUAUCUAUUACGUGAUAUAAGUUCGCCAUGGUGUUGUGUAGAAGGCCGUAUGGCUGGGGGGAAGAUAGAAAUCCUUGCUGAUGGAUGGUACAUUCAAAUGUAUGGACAACACAAGAUGGAUUCAGAAAGACUCACAAACAUGGGUGUCAGGCCAACAAAGGUUCAGUUCUGUGGAGACUGGGUCAACGUACCUGAAAACCUGGGGAAACAUGUCAGAAACAGGUAUGGAUAUAACAUAUAUAGACAUGCAGAGCAUUGGAUGUCAAGUGGUGCAACUUCGGGUUGGAUUGAGUACCAUACAAAGGGUUUCRAUACAUGUCCAGUACGAGGAUUCCAUGGCUGUCUUGACCAGUAUGAAAAUGAUGGAUCUGUGCAGUUCGAUAACUGGCAUGGUUGAGUACCAAACAAAGGGUUUCGAUACAUGUCCAGUACGAGGAUUCCAUGGCUGUCUUGACCAGUAUCAACCUGAUGGAUCUGUACAGUUCGAUAACUGGCAUGGUUGAGUACCAAACAAAGGGUUUCGAUACAUGUCCAGUACGAGGAUUCCAUGGCUGUCUUGACCAGUAUCAACCUGAUGGAUCUGUACAGUUCGAUAACUGGCAUGGUUGAGUACCAAACAAAGGGUUUCGAUACAUGUCCAGUACGAGGAUUCCAUGGCUGUCUUGACCAGUAUCAACCUGAUGGAUCUGUACAGUUUGAUAACUGGCAUAGUUGAGUACCAAACAAAGAGUUUUGAUACAUGUCCAAUACAGGGACUCUAGGAGCAGGCGUARCUCAGUUUGUUAUAGUGCGCUAGUGCACGGCCUUCAGAGCUAGAGGUCCAUAGUUCGAUCCUUAGGAGCUCCACGUCUGUUUCGACUUCUCUAUGUUCUGUGUAGCGUUAAUAGACCUAGCUCUUCGGCUAGGGGUAAUGUUUUCCCAUUUCAGACCACAUUUCAUUCCCUAGAGUAUCAUUCCUUUGUUUAAGGCUUGCGCUCGGCUGCACAAGAGAAGACACAUGAAUAUGGAUACAGCUCAAACAAAAAAUCUCAUUCUCAAGGGAAUGACACGUGGUCUGAAAUGGGAAAACAUUACCCCAAGCCGAAGAGGUCUAUUAGCUUUAAAUGCCCGUAAAAAGGAACACUGAUAGUAAGAGGGGGUAGAGGGCGCACCUUUGAGCGCAAUAAACAUGAGGCCUUGGCUCGGAAGACUUGGGCAACCAUUCUCCGCGUUAUCGAAGUAAAAUAAUUUACUUUUACCUUUACCUCUAUGGCUGUCUUGAUCAGUAUCAACCUGAUGGAUCUUUACAGUUCGAAAAUUUACAACCAGGUCACGUGUUAAGCUAUAACCAGUAGUCACCAGCCAGUCUCUUUCACAUACAUUUUUUUAAACUCCA